GGGGGUGGAGGGGUGGGGGGCGCACCCUAAUCAGGUGAUGCGACUUGACGUCUGCUAGUGUCAGCAGACGAUAAUGCUUUGAAUUUACGUGUAGUUGAGGUGGCAGUGGCAAUCAGAAAGACAAUCAAGCGGCUUUGAACGUUUCUCUGGGAGCGCGGUUAAGCUGUUAACCACAAUGGGUAACAAUGACAGCAAGCAAGUCAGAGUGUUCCGACGCAUCCCAGCAAGUGAUGGGAGAGCCCUAGCCACUCGCCUCGGUUUAAAAUCAGAGACAGAUUCUGUGUCAGAAGACAGGUUGCGUAAUAACUUGUCAUGGAAAGACCUGGAUAACCCCAUACCUGCCCAAAUUUGGGCAAUCGUAUCCAAAGGGCAUCGGUCAGCUACUUUUUCAUCCCUUUUAGAUUUAAUUGAUGCUAUGGUCUUCCAAGAUCAUACAUCUGCCGCUCAGUAUAUGUUGCAUUUCUUGCCAGAACCAUCCUUAGUUGAAGCUGUAAAAACAUAUGCCUAUCACAUAAUAAAUAUAUUUCACAGGCACAAGAGCCCAGCUAGUGACUCCUGGCAGAGUCAAGGUGUACCUAUUAGUGCAACAACUACUGAAAAAUUAGUCUCAAAUCACUUCGUGGAGAGUCUCAAUGCCACACAAGGAGUUGAUAAUGAAGAGCGAAUUUCAAAAUGGAUAGAGAAGGACAAGCUUUUUUACCUAAUGCAAAAGAUUGCAUUUUGUUAUUUAUUUCAUAUAUCCAUUCCAGAGGAUACAAUUCCACAGCUCACGUCUUCCUUUAAUUUGAAAGCAGUUCCUACUAUAUUGGAUUUGUGUGAUGUAUUAUUCAUUAACAACAGCUUACCUCAUGAUUUGAGGUCAGAGUGGGCAUUACUAUUUUCCUCCCAAAUUCAUGGACAGAGUUUCACUUCUAUGCUGGGGAAACUUACCAACAAAGGGCCAACUCUGAUAAUUGUUGAAGACUCUCACCAGCAUGUAUUUGGUGGAUUUGCAUCUGAAAGUUGGCGGAUUGGCCCCAAGUUUAUAGGCGAUACUAAAUGUUUCCUUUUUAAAUUGCGGCCAAUUUCAGAAGUGUACACUGCAACUGGAUACAAUGACCACCACAUGUAUCUGAAUGUAAAUCAGCAAACAAUGCCCAAUGGUUUAGGUAUGGGUGGGCAGUUACAAAACUUUGGUUUGUGGAUUGAUGCUGACUUUGGAAAAGGCCACUCUAGCCCAGGGUGCUCAACAUACCAUCGUAUGCCUUCUUUGUCAGCAGAGAAGGACUUCUCUUUAGAACAUAUGGAAGUAUGGGCAUUGGGUCCACCUCCCAAAGAGGAUUCAGAUGACGAAACCGAUGGCAAGCGAAGCAUUUUAGAUAAAGACAGUGGAGCAAAAGCUAUUCUGGAAAUGAUUGAUCGAGGCCACCACAGUGAGGGACUAAGAGAAAUACCUGAUGAAGAGUACUGAACAAGUCAUUUGAAUUUUAUAAAUUAUUUCAUUGUUUUCAAAAACUACAAAAUAAAAGGGUCAUUCUUUAUUGAAUUGUUAAGCAAGGUACAA